UGCGUCCUCCAUUGGCUCGAGUGUCGACUCGCCUCAGCCUCACUCGACUCGACUCCGCCGAGCGCGUUGUACGUCUCGCGAACGCUCUCCAGCGAAACUUCACUCGCAACUACGAGUACGUACGUUCGACAAAACGUAAAAGUGGUGUAUUUGAUAAGUUCUCAGUUCGCCAAAUACUUUCUUUUUUUUUUAUUUUGCGCUUGGACAGUUCUGAUAUUUUGUGUUGUUUACUUUUGUUUUUGUGACUUUAACACAUUGGAGGUGUACGGUUCAUUUUCAAUACGGCCGUCUGUUUACGGACCGCAGGCGAGCCGACCACGUGAUAAUGUAAGCCGCGCAAGACGACACGCGUCUACCCUCAAGGUGUUUGCGAUGUGGUACCCGUGGAUCGCGGUGCUGGUGUAUUGUGCACUGGCGGAGGCUGGGGUGGCAAACGCGCCGGCGACGGACGCGCCGGUGGCAAACGCCCCCGUGACGAACGCGCCGGUGGCUAACGCGCCGGUGGCGACCACCCGUGCUCCGCAGCGCACACUCGACCGCCAGUUGGGCGAGCUGGCCUGGCCCUCCUGGAUACAGAACCCCGAGAACAGCAACCAGAACGCGCCGCCGAGACGUAUCACGACCAAGUCUCUCUUCAUCACGCCACUGGUCUGCCCUAAAGGUCAUAGGCUCGAUGGAACUGCUUGUGUCCAGGUGCUUACAGUGAACAAGGAUGACCACGAGCGGAUCUUACUGCAAGAGCUUAACGCUCUGUUUACCUCCGCCCCGAACAAUGGCGACGUGAUAUAUGACUACGGAGACGAAGAUCCCGGGCCUUUACAACUAUCCAUACCUAUAGGAAUAGAUCCGCUACAGGAAUCAUCUCCACAGGCACAAGACCCACAGCUGAGCUACGUAAAGGUUGACAAAAAAGGAGAAAAUAAUGACGCCGGUGUAGAAGCUGAACUAGAGUUGCUGAAGCUGCAACAAGCACAGUAUGCGAAACUAAACAGUACGCAAAACGGAAGCAAUAUUCUGUCUCACAACGUAUUGCACAACUUACUGACCUAUUCAGAUAAACCCAAGCGAGAUAGCCCGAUGACUAACUCUACCGAGAUUGAAUCAUUAAACAACACUGACGAGGGACAAAAGGAACUAGUUUUUGGACACGUAAAUGUUGACCCUGUUUUGUACGACACAGAUAAUCAAAAUAACCAAGGUGACAUAGGCCAAUAUGAAACUGAAAUAGCAAAUGAACAACACACAGAGGAACAAAACGAUUCACCUGCAGUAAAUAAUAAUAACGAACCUUUGAAUAAUACAGGUGAUUUAUCAGUGCCAAUCUUGAAAAAAGAUGCAGAAGCAGCAAAACUCAAUCCUGAAAAUGACUAUUCUGACAUAGGAGAGGCUAUUAAACUGAUAAGCAGGUACGCUGAGGUUUCGACAGAUGACAAUUUCAAAGACGAUAAAACUAUUACAUCGAAUGAUGACAGUAUAUUAGGUACACGCACAAAACUGCAACACCGUCGAAAUAAACCAAAGCUCUCCAACAAUUUGAAAAAGCCUGAAACUCCUACUUCAGAUAUAGCCACAAGCAACGAUGACGUUCCUAACGAGAAAAUCCAACCGCAAAAUGUUGUUUACUAUAGAUAUCCCUGGCCGAGCGAGUCUUCUGGGUCACAACCGUCAAACUAUCCAUUCCGACAUUUACAAGAUUACUGGCCCGGGCGAAGUCAGGUCGGAGGCGUCUACAACACAGUGCAUGGAAACCCCCGUCGUCACCAUCAUUCGUACCCUCACUAUUUCCGGCCUCGUAGCUACCAAUAUGUGGGAGCUGACGCACAUUCUGGCUUGCAUGAGGCUUAUUCCGGACUUCGGCGGUACCCAAACAAAAUUGUCGGAUAUAAUGCUAGUCCCAUAAGAUCACAUGCUAACAACCAAGACUUGUACAGCCUGCUCGGCCUGAGGCACUGGUUCAGUAGUGAGGGAGCUGCAAAAAGAUAGUUUGCUAACCUCGCGCUUAGACAAUUCGAUGUUACCCGACGACAUAUAAUGGAAGCUAUGGGAAGUCCUAAACGCAUUUUAACUUUUAACUAAUAAAAUUUCGCUAACUUGGUUAUCGUAAGUUAAACUUAAGCAACUGCCUACUCGUUUCUGCCAUAGCUUUCACUAUAUUUAGCCUAUUUAUUUUAAAGCCAAAUACUACAGUCAUAGUUGUGUAAAAUUUUUGUUAGCUAUUUUAAGUUCUUGUAAAUAUUCCUGCACUAAAUACCUAAGCGUUUUUACUAUUGAAAAUUUAACGUUUCUCCAUCUAGUAUUAUCGUUGUUUUGUAUUAUGUAAAUUGUUGUAUUACUAAUUUAUGUUUAUUUGAUGUAUAUUUUUUUUUGUUUUUGUGACUCUUGAGUUAUUCGUAUGUAAUGCAAACGGUUUCUUAAGAUACGGUACAAAUAUCAAUUGGCACUGGCUUGCCUUUUUAUCGAUGUGAAUCUUUGUUACGAUUAAGUACUUAUGUAGAUAAAUAGUUCAACUUACCUAAGUUGUAAUAGCUGUAGACUGUAAAAACUUUAAUUAUUUAUCGUGAAAAAUUAAUUUAACUUAACCCACCUACAAACUUCGUUUCGGAAGCGCGCGUGACAAAAAAGAGAAAGUAGUCAACAGCACAUUCACUCUUAUCAUAAAAUAAUAAGAUUUUUAAACGCAAUUGUUUAUGAUUGUAAAAUGAUUUUAAUGGCAACCCGUCCAACGUAUAUUUUCAGGUCACGGGGUAGAUAACUAUUAUUUAGAUUUGUUUAAAAAUUAAA